UGGUUUGGUGGGGUGGGGAGGUAGAGUGAAGUUGUGAAGCUAUGUAGUGUGGAUUUGGAGCUUAAACAUGAUACAUAUGAAGGGAUGCCUGUUAGGGGAUUUUAAAAAAUAGUAUGAAGGAGGAGAAUGACUUUUAUUAUUUCUAGUUACUCAAAUCAAGACUAUUAAGUUGAAGAUAUUUAAGUCUACAGUUAACUUAAGGGAAUGAGGGGAAAAGAAACCUGACAUUCUUGUCUUCUCUGUUUGUUUAUGCACGUUUUUUUCUGCCAUCAGUGGGUGUUAUCUGAAUUCACCAUGUUCGUCGUCUUUCUGCAUGUAAGUGAUAAAACAUUAAGUGAGGUUUUCAUUUCACUGCUUUUAAAGACCCAUUUGGCUGGCUCAACAGGUUCCUGGGUGGAGUUACAGAUGAACAGCAAUGGCAAUAGCAACGAUAAUGCCAGUGGGAAAAAUGGAGGCCUGGAACAUGUCCCAUCAUCAUCCUCUAUUCACAAUGGAGACAUGGAAAAAAUUCUUCUGGAUGCCCAGCAUGAAUCAGGACAGAGUAGUUCAAGGAGUAGUUCCCACUGUGACAGCCCUUCCCCUCAAGAAGAUGGACAGAUAAUGUUUGAUGUGGAAAUGCACACGAGUAAGGACAAUAGUUCCCAGUCUGAAGAAGAAGCAGUAGAAGAAGAGAAAGAGGUGGAAGUUUUGAAGAAAAGUGCUGACUGGGUUUCAGAUUGGUCAAGUAGGCCUGAAAACAUUCCUCCCAAAGAAUUUCACUUCAGACAUCCUAAACGUGCAGUAUCUUUAAGUAUGAGAAGAAGUGGUGCUAUGAAGAAAGGUGGCAUUUUCUCUGCAGAGUUCCUUAAGAUUUUCAUUCCAUCUCUGUUUAUAUCUCAUGUAUUGGCUUUGGGACUGGGCAUCUACAUUGGAAAACGACUGACCACACCUUCAGCCAGCACUUAUUGAAAGAAGCAGAGUACAAAACUUGGAAAUCCAUGUGACCUGUGAAGAUGUUAUAGUCACAUUAGUACAUUUGAACUUGAUCAUUUUAAGCAUGACCCCAGUCCCACCCUUUAUUUACAUAUCCAGGUUCCAGUAACUCUUGGAAUUCAGUAUUGUAUUAGAACUCUGAGAUGUUUGACUACCCACCUUCUCUCCCACCAUUUGGCCUGCAAAACACAUCAGUUGCCUAACGGACUUUACAAUUGUCUAUUCAUUGCAAGGGCUUCUUUCAGUAUAAAAUUCCACCAGCAGAUUAUAAUUUUAUUAGUAAUGCUGUUGCCUCCUCUAGUACAACCUGACUUAAAUCUGCAACUGCUCAUGGAAUAAAAGUUGACUGUUUAACAAUAGCUAAUCUCUUCAAACGAAACUAAAAUUUGGUUAGGAUAAAAGCGAGUCUUUGUUUUUAGAAACCUGUUGGCUGUAAAUCAAAGUAAAAAAUCAUUGGCAAUAAAGAAUAAAUACAUAUUAAACCCAGCUUUAUAGGGAAUUUACUUAUCCCCCUAUUUUGCUCAUAAAUUUUACUUUGCAGGAGGCAAAGACUGCAAAAACAUAAAGCAGGUUAAUAACUUAAAGUCAUCAGCGUAAUUUAAUACUAGAUAAUUGUCAUAAUCUUGUCUUUUUUAUGAAGUAGGCUCCUUGUUUCUGCUAAGAAGAUCUAAUACCUACAAAACUUUAGAGGAAUUGCUUUGUUUGCAUGUGAAGAAGCAAACUUUUUCCUUACAGGAAAAUUUUAAAUGUAAAAGUUUUCCUUUAUAAAAGCAGAUUGAAUGCAAAUAUUUUUGGUGUGUUUAGACUCCAUGUAAAAAGGGGAAUCUCCUGAAACCACCUACAGUAAUAAAGUUGUGGUAGUUUCAGUAGCUACUCAAAGCAUUUGACCUGCCUGUUGGGAACAAUCUUGCAGUUGUGUAAAGAAGCAUAAGUUGCAAAUCUCUUAAAUGUCUCCUUUAGAGAAGUUUUCAAUAUUCCCAUUUCUCAUUGUUUACUGUACAGUCUCCCUUUGGGAAUAACAUAGAUUCUAAGGUCACUAGUGAUGUCUCAUGUAGCUAGAUAGAAUUCUCACUGGUGUUUAACUUUUAUCUUUGGGAACACUUGUCUUGUCCUCCUUCAGUGACACCUUUUUUCAAAAUGUGAAGCUUUAGUACCAAAUUGUUAUAAAGUAUUAGGACCUAGCUCUGUCCUUAAAUAGAUUUUAUUGGAUUUCAAAACAUGUAGCAUGACUCUGAAGGAUAGAAUACUGUUUUUAUACAUGUAUAAGUAUAAAUAAAUAUUAUAUAGACUUUAAUACUAAAUAUUUAGGGAACCAAUAUUAAUUUUAAAACUAGCAAAAUCUCAUGUAAAUGGAAUAGGCUGACAGAAGUUAAGAAAAUCUGGUCAGUGAGUUUGAAAGAAACAGCUGUCUUACAUUUUCUGCUUGCAUCAGAUAGUUUCUGAUUUGGUAUGGCAAAGAUAGUUCAAGCUUGGAGGCUAAUUCCUAGUUGAAGUUUUGCUUUAAAAAA